AAAGGGUGGUGGCACUGUCACCACCGGAGCACGGGGACACCCCGAGGGACAUUAGGGACCUUGGGGCCAACCCCGUGUCCUGCCCUUGGGGAUACGGGGGCCGCCCUAGCGUCCCCUGUCCCUCUGUGGGUCACCACGAUAUCCCCGCAGCGUCCCCAACAGGACCCUGGUGUGUCCCCAGUGUCCCCAACGGGACAUGAAGGGACAUUGGGCUCCUGUUGGGGACAUGGGGGCACGUUGGGGACAUCGCGGGUACACUGGGGACCCUACUCUGGCCCCGCGGGCGGGGGGGCAGGGGGCGGUGACGUUUCCUUGCCCUGCCCCCAUCCGGCCGCGCCCCGUUCCGCGUGUGCUCCGAGUGUCCCCCGGGCGUGUCCCCCCCUCCCCGCCAGCGUCUCCUGGAGUGUCCCCCGAGUGUCCCUCGGGCGUGUCCCCCCCCUCCACGCCAGCGUCUGGAGUGUCCCAGAAGUGUCCCUGGAGCGUCCCCAGCGGUCAUGGAGCCCCGCGAGCUGCUGGAGGCGUUGGUGGACGUGGUGACCACCCUGGGAAGGGUGGCAGCCACCCUGGCCGGGCCAUACGGGGAUGUGCUGCUGACCCCAAGGGGGGUGUCCCCAAGGUCCCUGCACACGGCCCUGGGGACCUUCAUCGGUCAUCUCCAGGGCACCCUGGGCCACCACGGUGACACCUCCCUGGGCCAGGCCCUGGCUGCCUUUAUGGCCAACCUUGGGGCCACCUGGGCCCAUGUGACAGCUGCGGCCAGUGCCUGGCGGGGCUCGGUGGCCAAGCUCGAGGACAGCUGGGCCCAGCUGGCCAGGGAGGCCACCGAGCUCUGCAAUGCCUGCAGGGACGCGGCCACCGGGGAGGCCACCACUGCGGCCACCGCCAACACCCGGGCCAGGGACCUGCAGGACAAGGCCACCCGCUGGGAGCCAUCUCUGCACAACCUGGUGGCUGAGGCCAGGCAGCCGCUGCUGGCCCUGGACAAGGAGGAGGUGGCCUCAGUGGUGGCCGCGCAUGAGGCCCGGAUGGCAGCAGCCACCAAUGAGGUGGUGGCGGCCACCAAGGCCAAGGAAGAGGCCAUGGUGGCUGCCAGUGAGGCAGGGGCAGCCACCAGGAGGGGACAGCGGGCAGAGACAGCCCUGGGGCUGCUGGAGCACUUGGUGGCUGCGUGUGACAAAGCCACCGCGUUCCCCCAGGAGCUGCAGCGCCAGCUCGGGGACAUCGAGGCCACCCUGAAGGGGACAAAUCAGGCAUCCCCCGAUGUCCCCGAGACCUUGGUGGCCAAGGUGGCCAAUGCCGAGCUGCUGUGGGAGGCCAGUGCCCGCCUGGUUACGCGUCACCUGGUGGGGACACUUGGGGACAUCCGCAGGCUCCUCUCGAGUCACCCUGGUGGCCCUGGUGCCCACACAGUGACCGAGCGGUGCCAAAGAGCCAUCGAGGACAUCCCGAUGCUGCUGCAGGGACAGUGAUGUCACCACUGUGAUGUCAUCGGGGUGGUGACACCACUGGGGACAUCACUGGUGUCACCUGUCCCCUCCCACCAUCCCAGCAGGGGAUUUGAGAUAAAUCUGGGGAAUUUUCUGGGAAUUUUCAUUAAAAUUGUCCCAAAUCA